AUGGAGGCCCCAAAGUUUGAAGGCAGGAAAGGCACCUUCCCCUUCCCAACCCCUAGGGGCUUGGACGAAAGAUCCCAGUCGGAGACGUCCGGGCCCGCGGGCCGAGGAGAGCGCGGUCCUGGGAGUGCGGCGGAGGCCGAGGGAGCGGGAGAGGUCAAGCCCCGGUCCGAGCGAACCCCUUCGGCCUCUCCUGACCCGCUCUGCGGGUGCCGCUCCCGGGGCCCAGGGGGGCGGCGGGGACGCAGCUGCAGACCGCUUGGCGGCCGCCCAGCGAAGCUCCGGGGCCAGGCCCCCACACCACCUUCGGCCCCGCGCAUUCCCGCCUCUCCGGGCCCCAACCGCGCCAGCCUCGCGUCCUGCAGCUGCGGGAUUGGCUCCCCCCGGAAACCUGCAGACCGGGAGGGGCCGGCCGCCGCGCCGGGUGCACGGUGGAGAAGGUUUGCCCUGACGCCAAACCCGGUCGCCCCCGGCCUUCCCAACGGCCUCCCGCUCAUCGGCGACACCCGUCUGGGCGCCCACCGUCCGCCCCGCGCCUCUGCGCCUCCGGGCACCCCCUCCGCCUCGGGGCACGCUCGGAAGGACCCGGGGCGGGCCAGCCGGAGCCCCGGGGCCGCGAGCGUCACCCGCGCCCAGCGCCGCUGCCCGCCCCGGGGCGCCCCUCCCUCCUUCCCUCCCUGCCUCCGGGCCACGCUCGGCGGCGAGGGCUCCAGGCCAGAAGCACCGGCACCGGCGCGCACGAACCCGCUGCGGCGCGGAGAGCCACGUGCGCCGAGCCUCGCCGCCCCAGGCCGGUCCCAGCUGCCCCCGGCGCCGCCAGCACCCCGCGCCGCCGCCCGCCCGCCGUGGCCACUCGCCGGCACCUGCACCCUCCUCUCCCGCUUGCCUUUCCAUCCGCGAGAAGUGCCACUUCCUUAA